AUGUGAAAAUGGAGAUGGUGGAUUUGUUCUCCUUUUUUUUUUUUUUUCCUUAAACCAGAGGUAACCUUGUAAGGGCUAUUUUUAUAAAUUUCCCCCAAAUUUCUUUGAAUAUCACCAUCACUUUGUAACUUGCCUGCGAAUUUUUAAAUUUUAAGUUUUACAACAUGUUUUCAAGCAAAGAAAUGCCAUCACCAUCAUCAUUGUUCUCGGCCUAUGCUUCCAUGACAGCUUCCAUCAUGCUAUUUCGAUCCAUGGCGAACGAUAUCAUCCCUUACCCAAUCCGAAACUAUCUCGUUACGAGUUUGGGUUACUUGUUCAAGCCACGAUCUCGACUGCUCACUUUGGUCAUGGAAGAAUCCAAUGGCAUGGUUAGAAAUCAAGUUUACGAUGCGUCCGAGGUUUACUUAUGUACCAAGAUAAGUCCCGACACGGAGAGGCUUAAAGUUAGUAAGACCCCAAGAGAAAAGAACCUUACUAUAAGGCUCGAGAAAGGCGAGAAAAUCUUCGAUUUGUUCGAGGGUGUUGAGCUUAAAUGGAGAUUUGUCUGUGCCGAAGCGGAGAAAGGGAAUAACCCGAACGAUCAAGUCGUUGCGAGAGCCGAGAAACGAUCGUUCGAGCUCAGUUUCGAUAAAAAAUACAAAGGGUUGGUUUUGGGGUCUUAUGUGCCGUUUGUAUUGGAAAGAGCGAAGGCAAUUAGAGAUCAACAAAGGAUUUUGAAGAUGUAUACACUUAGUACGCAAGGUUAUAUGGGAAUGAUGUGGGAUUCGAUUAAUCUCGAACAUCCCGCGACAUUUGAGACGUUGGCGAUGGACCCUAAGUUGAAAAACGAUGUUAUGGAGGAUUUAGAUAGAUUUGUUAAGAGGAAAGGGUUUUAUAAAAAGGUUGGAAAAGCGUGGAAAAGGGGAUACUUGUUAUAUGGACCUCCCGGGACCGGGAAAUCUAGCUUGGUUGCGGCCAUGGCUAAUCAUUUGAAGUUUGAUGUGUAUGAUCUUCAGCUUGUGAAUAUAAUGGGAGAUUACGACUUAAGACGGUUGCUACUAUCAACGGGGAAUCGGUCCAUACUUGUCAUCGAAGACAUUGAUUGCAGCAUCGAUUUGCCGGACCGACGGCAUGCCCCCGAUGGACGAAAACAACCUGAACAUCAUGUACAGUUGACACUAUCAGGCCUGCUCAAUUUCAUUGAUGGAUUAUGGUCAAGCUGUGGUGAUGAGAGGAUCAUUGUAUUCACCACUAACCACAAGGACCGGUUAGACCCAGCUCUACUCCGACCUGGCCGAAUGGACAUGCACAUUCACAUGUCCUAUUGCAACCCUCAGGGUUUCAAGCUUUUGGCCUCGAAUUACUUGGGAAUCCACGGGUACCACCACCUUUUCGGCGAGAUUGAAGGCUUGUUGCAGGACACCGAGGUCAGUCCCGCACAAGUUGCCGAAGAGUUGAUGAAGAGCGAAGAUCCCGACAUUGCACUCGGAGGACUUGUCAAGCUGCUCAAACGGAAGAAGCUGGAAGGUGACGGACCGGUCGAUAAAGACGGUAAGACAGUCGGAAUUCGAGAAGUUAAAAGACAGAAAGUUGAGACCAAGGGUAAGCCAGUUAGGAUGAGUAGAAGGAAGGUGAAUAGGAGAAGGAACAUAUGAUUACUAGCUAUUAUAUUUUAUUUGCAUUAAAUUGCUGCUUGCAUGAGAUUUCAGUGCUUUUAGUGAAAUGCCACUCUUCUUUUUAGUUGUAAAAAUUUAGAAUUACAAUGGUAAUGCACAAAAAUUUUAAAAGGCUUCAAAUAUAUAUAGAA